CAAACCGUUACACCGCGCCCACCUGUCACUCAGGCACCAUGAGGCUGCAGCUCUCCUGUAGUGACAGACGUAUUUCAUUCAGCUGCUUCACCUUCACCGUCCUCCUGCUGCUGCUGCUCUGCCACAUAGGCCAGAUUUCAGGUCAAAAGUCUGACUCAGCCGUAGCUGUGGUGGAAAAUACAGAUGGAGGUGGUGAUGAAGAGGAGGAGGUGACAGUUGAUGAAGAGGAGGGAGAAGAGGGAGAUUUAGAAGUGGUCCAACCCACUGACGAGUGGCAAACACUCAAACAAGGUGCGGCAGUGCCAGCAAGUUCACAUGUGCGGCUGAACCUGCAGACGGGUCAGAGGGAGGUUAGACUGGGAGAGGAGCAACUGAAAUACUGGACACAGGAGGAGCACAGGGAGCAGGAGGAGCCCCGGUCCUCCCUCUGUCCUGAGGAGCUCAAACAGGCCAUGAAGAAGAUAAAGGACGAGGUGAAGGCUUCGAGCAGAGACACAGAGCAGGAGGACUCUGUGGCAUCGAAGUAUCGUACCCUGGAGGAGUUAAAGAAAGACAUGGCUCAGCUGGAGCUGCUUGUGGAGACCGAUGGUCAGAUAAUGAAGCGCCUGCUGGAGCAGUUUAACAGCAGCAACUCGACCACAGAGCAGCGGCUGACCAUCCUGCAGGAGCUGGAGUAUCUGGUGCAUCAGGUGGAUAAUGCUCAGGUUCUGUGCUCCAUGGGGGGUCUCCAGUUGAUGCUGCAGGGUCUGAACAGCUCUGACUUCAGAUUACAGGAGAGCUCUGCCUUCGUCCUGGGAUCUGCUCUGUCCAGUAACCCAACGGUUCAGGUGAAGGCCGUGGAGAACGGUGCCCUUCAGACGCUGUUGACCACACUGGCCACAGCACAACCAAUUCAUGUCAAAAAAAAGGUUCUGUUUGCAGUGGCCUCCCUCUUACGCCACUUCCCGUAUGCGCAGCGUCACUUCCUGUCACAUGGAGGGCUGCAGGUCCUAUCAGAGCUCUUCAGGGUAGACGGAGGUGGAGUUCUGCGCACACGAAUUGUCACCAUGUUGUACGACAUGAUCAGCGAGAAGGAGAUGAUCUCGCAGGCAGGUUUGGACUUGGCGCUGGACACCGCUCACAACGAGCGGGUGCGUCAGUACUCUCAGGUGUCCCUGCAGGGAGAGCUGCUAGAGGAGGGCUGGUGCGGUCUGGUCCCACAGCUGCUGGAGUCUACUGAGCACGACUACAGAGAGAAGGCUCUGCGGGCUUUGUUGGCGAUGUCUCCGGUGUGUUUGGAUCAGUACCGCUCAGACAGCUCCUUGUUGGGCUUGCUGCUUUCUCUCAGAGACCAGUACCAGGAGAUGGUCCAGUCUGAAAUGAUUCUUGGAGAGGAGAAUGGCUACUUUUCAGAGAUCAUAGAUCUGAUAGAUGCUCUUCAAGUCAAAAUGAAAUGAUUAAAGGAGUUCACAGUGACAUUUCA